UACAGGAGAGAACUGAAGUUUUUUUUAGGGGUUUAUUAUGGACUAGUUGGAGUUUCUCGGGAUAUUAGUAGCAAAUUCAAUGAUUUGGGGGAUCAAUCUCAAGACGCGAAAGAUUUUGAGGGGCUAGUAUGGAAAUAAUCCAGCACGAAAUUGUGGCCGCAAAUCGCGCGCAAGCGGAAUCAGAGAUGUGGCCGUUUGAAGAUCCCACUUUUUCCUUCCCAUUUCUUUUCGUCUUCUACUGCCCUCAGUUGUUUAAAUCCCACGCUCUUUCUCUCUUCCGGUUGCUCCCCAUAUUUUCUCCCUCAAUUAAUUUUUUUUAUUUAUUUUAGUUUUCUUUGCUUCGAUCUACAGACUUCCCUCCUCCUCCUCUCGCUCAAGAUUCCACGCCUCAGGACGUUCGAUUGUUAAAUGGCGGCAGUGCUGGCCUCGCAUAGCUGCUGCCGUCACUUCUCUGAGGCUUCAGAUAUUGCGAAGGUGAGACAUGAUAUCAGCUUCUCUGGGUCCAUUUCAAAUGUCAGAUAUGCGAAACCAGAAACAUUCCAGAACGAUUCAAUGGUAAGUAAGGUGAGGUUUGUGGCAGCAGGAUCUGAUAAGCUUGGUAGUAAUGGCCGGGAAAUAAGAAUGGUCCCGACAAAAGAAGUAAUGAAAAGCAAUGGCACUGUCCCUCGUAAAGUAGAGUCAGUUAAUGGUUCGAAGGCAGCAGUUAAUGGAUCCAAGGUAGCAGUUAAUGGAUCUAAGGUAGCAGUUAACGGUUCCAAGGUAAAUGUUAAUGGAUCCAAGGUAGCAGUUAAUGGAUCCAAGGUAGCAGUUAAUGGGGUGAGCCUAGCUAAAAGGGAUGGCACGUCGGCUCUGGUUAAAACACAGAGGAAGAAAAUCUCUGAGGAGCUUCCCUUCACAGAAGAAUUAAAAGUUCUGCCUUCUGAUGAAGGUUUCAGCUGGGCAAAGGAUGAUUACAAUUCUUUGCAAAGAUCUAUUGACAUCUGGUCAUUUGUGCUAUCGUUACGGGUGAAGGUCCUGUUUGAUAACGCCAAAUGGUCAUAUCCUGGUGGAUUCUCAGAGGAGAAGCAGAAAGCGAGAAGGAAGAAAUCUGCUUCAUGGUUGAGAGAACAGGUGUUACAACUCGGGCCAACUUUCAUCAAGCUAGGGCAGCUAUCCUCAACUAGAUCUGAUUUGUUCCCAAGAGAGUUUGUGGAUGAGCUUGCCAAGCUGCAGGAUAGGGUACCUGCAUUUUCACCUGAAAAAGCAAGAACUUUCAUACAAAACGAGUUGGGUGCGCCUAUAGAUGUAUUGUUCAAACAAUUUGAAGAUCGACCUAUAGCUGCGGCUAGUCUUGGUCAGGUGCAUCGAGCUAUUCUGCACAAUGGAGAGAAAGUGGCUGUGAAAGUUCAAAGGCCUGGUCUUAAGAAACUUUUUGACAUCGACUUGAAAAAUUUGAAACUGGUAGCCGAGUACUUUCAGCGAAGUGAAACGCUUGGAGGUCCCACAAGAGAUUGGCUAGGUAUAUACGACGAAUGUUCAAAGAUUCUGUAUCAAGAGAUUGAUUAUAUUAAUGAAGGAAAAAAUGCCGAUAAGUUUCGUCGUGAUUUCCGGAAUAUAAAGUGGGUUCGAGUACCUCUUAUCAAUUGGGAUUAUAGUUCAACAAAAGUAUUGACUUUAGAGUAUGUUCCAGGCAUAAAGAUAAAUAGCUUGAAUCAGUUAGAUGCACGGGGCUACAGUCGCUCUCUUAUUGCUUCACGAGCAAUUGAAGCAUACUUGAUUCAGAUACUGAAGACUGGUUUCUUUCAUGCCGAUCCUCAUCCUGGCAAUCUUGCUAUUGACAAAGAUGGAUCACUCAUCUACUAUGAUUUUGGGAUGAUGGGUGAAAUAAAAUCCUUCACCCGGGAGAGCUUGCUUGACUUGUUUUAUGCGGUAUAUGAAAAAGAUGCGGACAAGGUUCUGAGAUGUCUCAUUAAACUUGAAGCACUUCAACCUACAGGCGACUUGUCCUCGGGACUUGGGUAUAUGGUUGGCAGCUUGUGGCCUGAAGGCAGCAGCGGAGGUGCGAAGAAAGAGCCCAACAACUCGGCAUUGCGGUGUCCCCCAAGUAUAUUACCCACCUCAGCAGUAAAGCGCAAUAUAUUUAGUUUUUGUGGCCAAAUAUUUGUUUUAAAUAACCGAACAGCCGGAUAAUUGUUGAGAUGCUGCCUUUUAAGAAGUAGGAUUUUGUUAAGAGAGAAUUGGUAGUUGUCAGUUGUAUUUUAUAGUGAUUUUUUGGGAGAUCAAGAGAUACAAUUUUUUUCACGCUUGGUUGUAAAUAAAUUUUUAUUUAGUGAAGACUGGGAAGUGAUGAGGAGAGAACAUGCAGCUAGUGCAAGUUGGGAGUUGAGUGUUUGAAUUAAGGAGUGUGUAUUAUAUAGUAUA